AUUUUUUUGUAACUGAAAGUAAUCCAAAGCCAUUUUUCUUUAAAUAUCUUUUAAAGACAAUGCGCUAAAGUUAACUUUUACAGCUAUACUAUGUAAAACAGUGUAACUCAGUGAGCUUUUAUUUCAUUUUGACAGCCUUCUAUCACUCCGUGUAAGGUCAGACUGAGUACAGAACAAGUGCUGUAAGUAAUUAUUCAGCCUGACAGUCGGGGGGAUUGAGUGUGGGGGCUUGAUUCCAUUCACUACAGGAACCCCUGUAGGUCACUUCAUGACACGUUUACAGGGCGGGCCGAGGGCCUUUUGGCACGCAGCGAUUCUGGAAGAGCAUGAAUUCCGAUAAUUCACAUCUGUUCAAUCUGGUCCAAGUGAAGGGAACGUGGAUCCGGCAAAAUGAGCAGGACCGAGUGCAGGAGGGAAAGUGGUCAGAUGCUAAAAUCUAUGAGGACAAGUCCAAGCAUGGAGUUUCAUGGACGGUUGUCAGCCCAGUUGUGUUCACCUACAGAGUUGUCCAGUGCCAAAACAUUCUGGACCCCGAGAACGACACCCUGCUCUGGGGUCACCUGGGAUCCCAUCAAAGAGCUGUCGGCAAAUCCAAACCCAUCAAGCGUUUUGUUGUCAUUGAUGAAACUGUGAACCGGCUGUACGGCUCUCAGGUCACUCGGUACUUUGAGGCCAGAAAGGUCAUUCACAAGAUUCUUCCUCUUCCGACAACUGAGGAGAACAAGAGUAUGGAGCUGGUGACCGCGAUCCUGGAGGCUGUUCACCAGUUUGGCAUCGACCGGCGCUCCGAGCCCAUCAUCGCCAUCGGGGGAGGGGUCUGUCUGGACGUGGUGGGUCUGGCAGCUUCUCUGUACCGCCGGAGGACUCCAUACAUCCGGGUUCCCACCACCUUGCUGUCGUACGUCGAUGCCAGCGUGGGAGCGAAGACGGGGGUCAACUUUGCUGGGGGGAAAAACAAGCUGGGGAGUUACGUGCCGCCAGCGGCGACCUUCUUGGACUGCGCUUUCUUUCAAACCCUGCCCCAGCGUCAGAUCUCCAACGGGCUGGCAGAGAUGUUGAAGAUGGCUCUGAUGAAGCACAGGGGCCUUUUUCGGCUGCUGGAGGCUAACGGUAAGGAGCUGCUGUUCGCCAAGAUGCAGCCCUUGGAGUCCCGCGAAAGCUCCGAACAAGAAGACGCAGCUUCAGCGGCUCGACGCAUCGCUAUAGAAACCAUGCUGGAGGAAUUGGCCCCCAACCUGUGGGAGGAUGACCUGGACCGGCUGGUGGACUUCGGUCACCUUAUCAGCCCGGAGUUAGAAAUGAGAGUUUUGCCCACGCUGCUUCAUGGGGAGGCUGUCAACAUCGAUAUGUCCUUUAUGGUAUAUGUGGCCCAUACUAAGGGACUCCUGACAGCAGACGAGAAGGAUCGCAUCCUCGCUUGUAUGUUGGGUCUCCAGCUGCCUGUGUGGCACCAAGACUGCACUCUAGCUUUGGUGCAGAAAUCUCUCCAAGAGCGGAUGAGGCACUCGGCCGGCUCUCUGAGGAUGCCUCUUCCUACAGGGAUUGAAAAAGUAGAAAUCUUUCAUGACAUGAUUGAGGACGGCGUUCUUCAUCAAGCUUACCAAAGAUGGACAGAUGAGCUCUCCUGCCAUUCUGAACAGCAAACAUGAAGGUUUACAUCACAGCCAUGCCGACUGGAAUUUAACCCCCCAAUAUGUCAUUAUAAAAAUGGAGCAGGAAUGAAUAACGUGAGUUUUGUUGCAUUCAUCCAGACGUUCAAAGAAAAAGAAGAAAAUAAUUUAAACUUAAAAAAAAAAAAAA